GAUCAGCGGGAAACCAAAAUGGCGAAUGUAUUAGGGGAAAAUGACCCGUUUGUUAUUUUCUAAAAAACAUUCUGUCUGUGUCAAAAUUUGAGACGUGUAGUUCCAAAGAGACUUUACUUCUACUCGGACAAGACGACAAUCCCGUGUUUCAAUCGAGUAUUUCAACAUAUGUUGCAUUUUGACCCUCCGAACUGAGCGAAUGAGAGACUCGACCGCAUUAGAGCACUUUCCGGUCCGCCAGCUUAAAGUACAAUCCCAUCAGCACCACACGAUGCCAGUGUCACUGACCAGCAUUGACCCGGGCAAGGAUAGAAAUGGAGGGGACACUGACCCAAAGCUCAGCAACAGGUUUAAAGAGGGACAAGAGGUCCUAGCCCGUUGGUCAGAUGGUCUUUUUUAUUUGGGCACUAUCACAAAGAUAAAUAACGAGAAGCAUCGUUGUUUUGUUGUCUUUGAAGAUCGGUCCAAGUCUUGGAUUCUGUGGAAGGACAUUCAGACAGUUAGCAGACCACAGUGUUUCUGGGGUUACACCAACCGUAAGUUCCCUGCGGCGCCCAGAGACAAGCAUAGGGAAGGGGACGAGGGAGGGGAGGAUAUGGUCUGUACGAUAUGCCAGGACGAGUGCUCAGAGGAGCCCAAUGAGAUUGUCAUCUGCGACAAGUGUGGACAAGGAUACCACCAGCUCUGCCACUCCCCUAUCAUCGACUCCAGUCUGAUUGACACUGAUGAGAAGUGGCUCUGUAGCGAUUGUGUAUUUGCCAAAAAAACAAAGGGUAUGAAGCUGUCUCUGCCUUAUUCACUGGAGGACCUGGUGUGGGACCAGGGACACAAGACCAACAUCCAGCAAUGUUACUGCUACUGUGGAGGGCCUGGAGACUGGUACCUGAAGAUGCUGCAGUGCAACAGGUGUAAACAGUGGUUCCACGAGGCGUGUAUCCAAUGUUUUAAGACGCCCAUGCUGUAUGGUGACAGGUUCUAUCUAUUUAUUUGUUCAGUUUGCAAUAGUGGACCAGAGUACCUCAAACGACUGCCUCUUAGAUGGGUGGACGUGGCCCACCUCAGCCUCUAUAACAUGAGUGUGAUUCACAAGAAGAAGUACUUUGAUUCCGAGCUGGAACUGAUGUCCUACAUCAACGAUAACUGGGAGCAACUCCAGCUCGGGGAGCUUUCAGCCACGCCUCCGUCAGGCCGAUAUGAAAGUAUUCUGGAAGCGCUGAAUAGUAACCACAGCAUGUUCAUGUCAGGGAAGGAGAUAAAGAAGAAGAAGCACCUCUUUGGGCUAAGGAUCCGUUUUCCUCCGGGUCCCCAGAGCUCUGAGCUGCUGGCUGAAAGGGAGGAGCCUGAGAGGGCCUCUAAUGAGGUCAAGAUCAAAGGCAGGAAGGCAGCAAAACCCCUGACCAACAGCAGUAAAGUAACCAAUGGCAACAUGAAGACAGCCAAGUCCAGGAAGCAGCACAGAGGUCACUCACUGGAGACGCUGGCCAAGCUAAGACGCCCCAGUGAACUCUUAGCCCAGCGCCUAAAGCCACCCCAUCCACUGGAUUCCCACCCGUUGGGUCUCUUAGCCUCCAGGAGCAGCAGGAGUGAUCCAUUUCUGCCAUCAUCCAGUACCUCAGAUGUGGAAUCCAUUGGUGCCACCAGUACAACUGAAACUACCUCAACUGCCAUUUCCAGACAGUCCAGCCUGUGCAGUCCCAGUAGGACACGCGCGAGCCGCCACUGGCCCGUCGCCAAGUCCUCUCUGAAGCGUCGACGGGGGCAACUGCCAAGGGUUCCCCUGCAGCCCCCCAACCCUGAGAUCCCUCUCCCCUGCCACCCAGAGCCCCCCGGCCCCCUGCCAGGACUUCACUCUGCGGACAUAGUACACGGCCUGGGCCAGGGUGGCCAGCUGUCCCACCUCAAGAGCACUAUCAGCAGCUACUUUGGGGCAGCGGGCCGUCUGGAGUGCGGGGAGAAGUACCGCGUCCUCGCCCGCCGGGUCACCCUGGACGGCAAGGUCCAGUACCUGGUGGAGUGGGAGGGUGUCACCGCGUCCUGAGGUUCUCACAAGCGCGCUGCGUGUUUUACUACGCGUUUACGUAGUGCUUGGAACACGUUAAAGCAUUUAUAACAUUGAGCAUUAUAACGUUGAGCAUUCUAAACUCCACCCCCCCCAACCUCAUGUUGCUUGAUCUAGGAAAUGAGCUAAUUUAGUCUUUUUUUUUCUUUUCUUUUUUUUUUUUUUUCUUUCAGUUAUAUGCAAUUUCCUGUGACUUGUUGACCAGUUUUGUGUUUCGGUUUUGUAAACUGAAAGGGACCAGUUGGGGCGGAAUGUUAAAGGGUUAGGCUGGCGUUUGAGUGGCCUGGCCUGAUAUGUUGCCAGCGAGUCUGUUUGCGAGUAGUUGACAUCUGAGGGACUGAGGACAGAUAUGACGUUGUGCUGCUGCGAACCUUUUCAUUCUAUUUUAUUAUUGAUUAUUAAAAACAUCUAUUUACUUUUCUACCUGUAUUUACUCAUGCUUCAGAAAAAGUUCACCGAGGUGCAAUUCCUAUUUUAUUGCCCAUCAGGUUACACACAUUUAAAUGGCAGAUGUCCUGAAAAUGUUUUCCCUGGUUUAUCAGCUAAUUUAGGAGCAGAGAUAUUGAAGUGUCACUUCACUCAGCUAAAAGCUUGUAACCUGUAGCUCCAGCCUGAUUCAUGUGGUUCUGCAAAUCUUACUAUGAAUUGUAUUAUUUUCAGUGUUAUAGUCCAUAUGUACAGAUUGAUUUAAGAAGUGAAUUACUUUUUCUAACACUUCCUCAGUUAUUUACACUGGUGGAAUUUGCUUCGAGGGCUUAGCUUGUGAGACAAAAUGUUAGUGAAUGAAUGUGUCAUGUGAUUGUACAGUUGAUACAGUUCCUUGUUAUUAUAUCUAAAAGAUUCUGAGUGAUGUACACCCAUUUUUUUAUCGAGUUCUUCAUAAUUUUCUGAAGAUGAACUUUGUGCUGCAUUUUCUAUAGAAAAUGCAGCAUGAAGUAUAUAUAUAAAUAUAUAAUUUUACAUUUUAGUUGUUUACCAGUUACAUUUAAUUGCCUCAAAAAUAUGACUAUGACAUUAAUCAGUUAGUGCGAACACUGAAUAACCUCAGACUUUUUAAUGAAAAAAAAUUGACUUCAGUUCUUAUAGUCACCUAUGCAAGUCAACCUGCAGAUUUUUUUGUUUUUUUGUAUUAUGACUUAACCACAGAUUUGGCAUCACUAACACCCAACAACAGUAUUUCAGUUACAUCUGACUCAGGCUAUUUUUAUUUCAGGUGCUAUUUAUUUCACUUACUCUUCAAGUCUGUGCACUUGGUCAGACUUGAGCUGGUACAGCCAAGCUUACCUAGCCCCACUCGGACCCACUCAGGAUGUGCUCAUCAUAUUCACCAUGUAUGAAGUCUUCAUGGAACUCCAGCAAAGAUUUGGAAUGUAAAAUCAAGGUAUUGGAAAUUAUGCGGUGGCAGUAUAUCGUUGACAGGUUUUUUGAAGUGGCAUUCAUUUAGAAGUAAAAAAAAAAAAGCUGAAAUGUAGUCAAUUAUGCUUCAGGGUCAUGUUGAUCUGAUGUCUUUCAUUUGUCUCUGGAAGAUAAUGUUAUUUUCUGUUUAAUUGUAAGAGUUAAAGCAGUUAAGGCCUCUUGCUAGUUGAGUUUUAUUUUCAUACGGUGCCAAUAAGCCCUUGAAGCAGUGGAUUAGGAUCUUGACAUUGAUACCUCUUUGUAUAAAACAGAGUUAUUUAAAGCUUUCCUCCUGUAUGUCAUUGUGCCAGUGUUAGCCCCUCGAUCUUUGUUUUCUACUGGCUUUGAGCUUCUUUAGCCAAAGAAUAAAUAUAUAAAAGUCUA